UGUUUUUUUCUGUUGGAAUGAUACAAGGACACAGAUGUUAGCGCACUGGCCAAUGGCGAGCGUGAGGGGGCUGGUCCGGACCAUUCUCCACUCCAUCCUGUCUUUUAAAACUCUGGGAACUUCACAAAACUAUCAGACUUGAUAUUGAAAGACGGGGGAAACUAAAUCAUUGGUCAAAUCUCUCAAAAAAACUUGACAAACCCAUAGCCUAUUUUUCUUUUUGUACGUGUGUGUUUCUUUAAUUUAUUUUUUGUUACCAACAGCUGCCCAUCAGUGACAGUGGCACUAUGUGGGACUUCACAGUCUUGACGUCGGUGCUGUCUACCGUCUUUGUUGUGUCACUGGCACAAGGACCCAUCUGGGACAGCUCACAUCUUCGGAGGUUAAACCAAACGGACAGGAACAGAAAGCUGCCUUACAACAGCCUUGUGGAACCACAGACCACAGGCGUGACCGAGUGGACAUCCUGGUUCAAUAUCGACCAUCCGGGAGGAAACGGCGACUAUGAGAGGUUAGAAGCCAUUCGCUUCUACUAUCGGGAAAGGGUUUGCUCACGACCUGUAGCCAUGGAGGCCCGCACCACGGACUGGGUUGCAGCUGCGGAAACAGGGGAGGUGGUCCAUUCCAGUCUGGAGAAAGGCUUCUGGUGCAUCAAUAAGGAGCAGCCAUUUGGUCGCAGCUGCUCCAACUACCAUGUGCGAUUCCAGUGUCCACCAGUCCACUCAUACUGGACCGACUGGAGCGAAUGGACACCUUGCUCUGCCACCGCCUGUAAUGAUGUUGGCAUCCAAGUGCGUCAGAGGAAAUGCAUGAGCACACAACCUCUUCCCUUGCUGCUUUCGCCCGUCUGUGUGGGACCUCACAUCGAACGGAGAGAGUGUUCAACCCCACCAUGUCAAGCCUUAUGGAGCCAAUGGGGUUCAUGGAGUGCUUGCUCAGUGACCUGUGGGAAGGGACGCAGGACAAGACGUAGGACAUGUCACAGAUCUUCAACUAAAAUUCAGUGUACAGGACGACCAGUAGAGGUCCAAAAGUGUGGAAAUCCAUGCCCAGUGGCAUGCAAACGUGUCUGUCCUGGGGGACGUCCCAAUAAGGACUGCAGCUACUGUAUCUGCGAUGGACAGACACUACAAGGGGAGGUCUUCAGCGUUACAGGUGUCCCAGUGGCUAACGCCACAGUGGCUCUGGCCAGCCAAGCCAAGGUCAUCCGUGCCUACACUGAUGCCAAGGGUCAAUUCAAGAUUGAAGGACUGUGCACCAACCCUCAGACCCGAGUAGUCAUACAGAAGGAUAAAUUUUCACCCAUCACUCUCCCUGUUUCCAUCAACAGCACUGAUGAACUCUGGGUACGGGGCGUCUUACGAUCCUCAGAAAAGCCAUAUAUUGAUAAACAUCCUGAAGACAAAGUACGUUAUGAGGGACAACGUGCAACCCUUUGCUGUAGAGCAACAGGAACACCAAAACCUGACAAAUAUUACUGGUAUCACAAUGGAACUUUAUUGAAUCGCACAAAAUACAAGUACGAUGAAGAUUUGAUAUUGAGGGACCUGAAGACAGAGCAGUCAGGACAAUAUCACUGCAAAGCAACUAGUCUGACUGGCAGCAUCAAGUCUACUUCAGCCGUCCUCACUGUUUUCGCUAAAGGAUCACCAGCAUGCAACUCGACACCUGAUUCUCACUUGAUCAAAUUGCCAUUUGACUGCAAGCAGCCAGGAACAGACUCCAAGUUUUACAAUGCAGGUCGCUGUCCACACAACAAAUGCCCUGGGUCGCUGGACUUUGAUAUGCGCUGCAGGGAUGGAUCCGGCUUCUGCUGUGGGGUCAAACAAUUGGACACUAGAGAGAUCAACUGUGGCCGUUACACCCUGCCUAUCAAGGUUGUGAGUGAAUGUGGCUGCCAGACCUGUGUGGAGCCCAGAGUCCUUGUACGGGGCAGGGUGGUGGCGACAGACAAUGAUGAACCCCUUCGCUUUGGAUACAUUUACAUAGGGAAGGAACGGAUAGGUACCACGGGAUAUCAGGGUGGGUUCACAAUCCAGGUGUCUCCAGACACACAGCGUCUUGUGGUAAACUUUGUCGACCCUUCUGAGAAGUUCAUUGACACAAUCAAGGUUUUUAUUUUUGACAAAAGAGGUGGUGCAGUCUAUCAUGAUGUAAAAGUGAUGAGGAAGCAGGAACCUGUUGAUAUCAAUGCUGCAGAAAGCAAUACCAUUUACCUAGGUGAAAUUAAAGGCGAGGACCCUAUCGGUCAACUGGUCAUACCUCCAAACUCUUUCCAUAAAAACACAGGGGAAGUGUAUGAAGGGACCGUUAAGGCCAGCGUCACGUUCCUUGACCCACGCAACAUUACCAUGGCUGCUGCUGCCCCUGGUGAUCUCAACUUUGUAGACGAUGAAGGAGACAUGCUCCCUCUCAGGACAUACGGAAUGUUUUCAGUAGAUUUCCGAGAUGGGGCAAACCAGGAGGUUCUAGGAGCCGGCGCAGUCCAAGUUCUCCUCGAUACAGAGCAUGUUAAAAUGCAGGAGCACAUUCCUACUAUGAAACUCUGGUCCCUCAAUCCCGACACAGGCAUUUGGGAGGAGGAAAGUAACUUUCAACCCACACAAAGCACCAUUGCUGGCAGUGGGAGGAAUAAACGAGAGGAGCGCACUUUCCUAAUCGGAAAUAUGGAAAUCAGGGAGCGUAGAUUGUUCAAUCUCGAUGUACCUGAAAAUCGCCGCUGCUAUGUCAAGGUGAGGGCGUACAUGAGCGACAAGUUCCUGCCCAACGAGCAAAUAGAAGGAGUAGUAAUAAACUUGAUAAACCUGGAGCCCAAGCCUGGUUACUCGUCAAAUCCAAGGGCAUGGGGUCGUUUUGAUAGUGUGAUAACAGGACCAAACGGUGCUUGUCUUCCAGCUUUCUGCGAUGCUCAGAGGGCUGACGCGUACACGGCUUAUGUCACGGCAAUAAUGGGAGGUGAGGAAUUGGAAGCUGCCCCCUCAAUGCCAAAAUUGAACCCAAACAUUAUUGGAGUGUCUCAGCCUUACUUAGGGAAGUUAGAUUACCAGCGCUCAGAUCAUGAGGAUCCAGCACUUAAGAAAACAGCUUUCCGAAUCAACCUGGCCAAACCAAACCCUAACAAUUUUGAUGAAACGAACGGUCCAAUCUAUCCUUACCAGAGUUUAAUUUCAUGUGAAAAUGCACCUGUUGAUGCCAACCACUUUCGUUUCUUCCGUGUCGAAAAAGAUAAGUACGAGUACAACGUGGUACCCUUUCAGGAGAGUGACCUCACAUCUUGGACUGGAGACUACCUUUCCUGGUGGCCAAAUCCACAAGAGUUCAGGGCUUGCUUCAUCAAAGUUAAGAUUCAUGGAGCAACAGAAAUCAUGGUAAGGUCAAAAAACCUUGGUGGCACUCAUCCUCAAACAAGGGGUCAGUUGUAUGGCAUCAGAGACAUUCGUAGUACCCGUGACUUAAACCAUCCCAACACCUCUGCAGCUUGUCUUGAGUUCAAGUGCAGCGGGAUGCUCUUUGAUCAAUUUAUUGUAGACAGGUCACUCAUUUCUGUGAUUCCACAAGGCAACUGCCGUCGGAUAGGCACCAACGGUCUCCUGCAAGAGUAUCUAAUAAAGCAUCCUCCUGUUGUUCAGAACAAUGAAUCUCAUGCAUUCAAUAUGUUAGCUCCUGUUGAUCCCCUUGGACACAAUUACGGAAUAUACACCGUCACAGACCAGAACCCACGCGUUGCCAAAGAGAUCGCCAUUGGCCGUUGCUUUGAUGGAACUUCAGAUGGUUUUUCCAGGGAGAUGAAGUCAGAUUCUGGAGUGGCACUAACGUUCAGCUGCCCUAAAAGAACUGUGAAUCGUGAGAGCUUAUUCCAGCGCUUGCAAACAAAUCCUGGCCUAACACUAACACAGAUGGCGCGGGAGAUGAGGGAGUCCCAGGGACUGCAAGUCAGAAGAGGGUCAACCCAAAUGGUGGCCUACCCCUUUGGCCAACAGGGCAGGAGCCAGAACCGCAGAGCCACGAACACUAACAGAAGGAGACCUGCUACAAGGACACAACCAAGACAGUAGACAUUUCUUUAGGCUUUUCUGGUUGAAAAGAAUGAAGAAAUGAGACCAAAAAAAAAAAAACCUGCAAUGGAAAUCCUAAACUUGGCCAGCUGGGUGAUAUUGGAUGCUUUGUCCUAACGGAGCAAAAUCCUUACCUGAUUUAUCCGAACACAUUUAAACUCUUUCUGUUUGUGUAUGGAAAACUGUCCUCUCAAGUUUACUUCAUUGUUUAAGACAUUAAUUUUUUGAUUAGGCCAAAUACUAAUACAGGAUGAUGUCAUUUAUUUAUUUUAAAUGUCAAAACGUGCUUAUGUGGAGUGUCCUACUUUUAGAUUAUUGACUCAUUUUCUCUAAUUGACCAGUGUCUUCCAUUGAUUACAGGCUAAAUAGGUGAGACAAGUCUGUAUGGGUUAAGGUCAAGUGUGACAGCUGCUAAUCCUUUCAUCAACGACAUAUUGAUGCAAUGAACUAGACCUGAGGCAGUAAAGAUGCUUGUUCUGUCUCGUCACCUUUUUGUUGUGAUUUGGCCUACUAUCGGUCUGACCAAAGCAUGACUGACUCUAGCCAAAAAUUGCACCCCUUAACCGAAUAAGGAAAAUUAAACAAACAUGUGGUGACAUAUAAAGAAUGAUAUAAUGGCCCUGACUUGCAAAAUCGCCUUUUUUGAAAUCCCCUCCUCAUCCUUUUAAUUGCAUGGCUGGCCUAAUUAAACGUUUUCUUUUGAUAUGAAAUCCAACUAAUACAGUACAUCUCAGUGUAUGAUGUCUAGAUCUUAGGGUAAACUGAUUGUAUUUUGUUUCUUGUUUCUGUCUGUCUCCUAAAGUGCAAUAUUGUGUUCCAAUAAUGACUUGAGAGUCCUAACAAAAAACGUCUUAUGUAAUGAGCCAAUCAGCCAUAGGUCUGUUUAAAAUGUUGGGCUAUUCCCUCAGUAAGUGUAUAUCUGAAUUUCAAAUGACAUAGUACCUGUUUUUUAACCUAGAUAUAAUGAAUCUGAGCUUGCUAAUCCAAUGCAGC